AUGGCGCGCGACGGCGCGAGCGACGCGGGUAGACCGCGGGUGUCGAAACAGCGCGUGGAGCUGCGCGUCGAACGAACGCGGCGACGAUUACGCGGGCGAACGACGCUGACGUGCGAGGUGGAGGGGGAGGAGUGCGCGGGGGGGAUCGCGGUGCGACGGGGCGGCGGAGUGCGCAUCGUCGCCGCGCGAGCGAACGGGGUGGCGUGUGAGACGACGUCGAUCGACGCGACGAAGGAUGGGUUCGCGGAAACGGCGAGCGUGGACGACGCGGCGAGUCUGGGUAAAGACGCGCGGGCGAGGCUCGAUAGGGAGUGCGGGACGAGUGAGGAGGUGAUUAUUCGCGCGAUCGGGGAUGGGAAGAUCGAGGCGCGGCCGAAAGACUCGGAGGGGGGUAGCGGCGAAGAAAACGGGGCGGAGUCGGGGACGCGGGGAAAAGAAAUCGUGCUCGAGAUCGAGUACGAGGCUGAGAGCGGUUUCUUCGCGGAUGACUCGUACUUCCUGUGCCCCGGGCCAUCGCGCAGCUCGUCGAGCUGGUUUCCGUGCAUCGAGCGCGGCGAUGCGCUGACGACUUUCGAUUUUGCGGUGAACGCGCCUAGAGAUUGGCAAGUCGUCGCGUCGGCGCACUGGGACAGGGUCGAAAAGUGUCGAGACAGCGACGAGGGUGAGGACGAGGACGGGUUUCGACUGAUUCAUCACUUCUCCGGCAUGUACCCGACGUUCGCGCACGAGAUGCGUUUGAUUUGUGGUAAGUUGAGCGCGGUGUCAACUCCGAUAAAGGGCGUGACGCUGUUCGCGCCGGCGGGCCAAGGAUUGGAGGAAAGAAUGCAGACCGCGGCCGUGGGCAUCGGGAAGGCCAUCGUAGCGUACGAGGAGUACCUUGGACACCCGUACCCAGUGUCGUGCCUGAAUGUCGUAUUUUUGCCGGACGCGCUCGUGAGAGAACGCGACGCCCUGGGGGCGUGCGUCAACGUGCACUCCGCGAGAUGGCUCGUCGAUCCAGCGCUGAAUUCGGCGCUUCUGGACGCGCGCGUGCACUUGGCGACCGCAAUCGCUCGGCAGUGGUUCGGAGGUAUCGUCGUUCCCGCGGACACGACUGAUUGUUGGGUCGUCGAAGGCUUAGCGCAGUACCUGGCGGGCAUGUACGUCAAGAAUUUGACCGGAUUGAACGAGUUGUCCUUCACGCGCAUGAAGGAUAUGCGUCUCGCGGCCGCGAUGGACGACGGGGCGUCGCUACCACCGCUCGCCAGUCGAGCUGCGCGCAUAUGGCGUGGUGGACACUAUGCCGGUCCAGAUCCUUUCGCCGGCGGCGCGCCGAAGCCGCUUUCGAAGAGCGUCGAGCGGGCGUUGCAAGCCAAGGCGGUGGCGGUGAUUUACAUGCUCGAGAAGCGCCUGGGUCCGGACGUUAUGCAGAAAGUGUUGAAAUAUUUCGCCGGUUUACACGUUCGUCGUAAUAAGAAGGAACAAGCUACGCGCACGGGUCCUUCGAACGAGGUGCUUGCGGGCAACGCGCGCUGGAUUCACACGCUGCAACUCUUCGAUCAUUGUCGAGCCACGGUAAACUUGGGCAAAGGUGAGGUGAACUCCUUCUUAGAGCGGUGGGUGUACGGUGCGGGCACGCCCAAGCUCAGCGUCGGAUACGUCGUCAAGCGGAAGAAGAACGUCAUGGAGUUCGCGGUUAAGCUCGAAGGGAGCGCGGCGGCGGCGGCGGCAGACAGAGCUGCGCUUGCCGUCGCGAGAAACCAUCGAUCCUCCGUCACGGUUCGCAUGCGCGAAGAGAACAGAGCGGACGCGAACGACCACGUAGUCUCACUCGGCCAAUCGUCGUGGCAAUUGAUGGAGAUUCCUUUGCAGCCGCGACCGAAGGACCGACGACCAAAGACGAUUAUCGAGUCCGGGGGCGAUCCGGAGCUUAUCGCUGCGAUGGAUUGUCCAGUGCGAUACGUGAGGGUCGAUCCGGAGUUUGAGUGGAUGGGUAACAUAGAGCAAAGUGCCAGGCAAGUAGGUUUGGAGUCGAUGAUGGCACAGAUGCUCGAGAAGGAAAAGGAUAUCGUCGCGCAGAUUGUGGCGGUGGAAUUCCUUGGUCGUCGCGUCGCUAAUGGCUCGGUGAGCGCAGUGCUCGUGCUGGACAAGUGUUUGAACUCUGAGGACACGUUUUGCCGCGUUCGCGCCGAGGCCGCGAUGGCGCUCGGGAAAAGUGCGAGUGAGAAGACACAGUGGGGAAGCUUGCACGCGCUUCUUCGUCACUACAAGAAGUAUCAAUGCAACGAGCGGACGGGCAAGCCGAAACAAAACGACUUCCGGGAUCUCGCCAAGGUCAUCGUCGACAAGGCCGUAAUCACGGCUCUCGCACACGUGUACGACGAAGAGGCAAAGUGCACACAUGCGGAUGCGAUCGAUGCCAUCGUCAAUCGAUUGAAGUACAACAAUAACGAGGGGAAUCCGCAGAGUGAUGACGGUUUCGUGGCGACAUGUCUCUCCGCGUUAGCGCGCUGCGUCCCUGCAACGCUGGGCGAGUUGCGUGCGAUAACGGCACAAAUCCACUACUACAUUCGUCGCGAUUCCAGGUUUCCUAGCGUGGACUUGUGCGUCACGUGCGCGGGAAUUCGCGCUCUGGGUUUGCUGUCUAACGCGGUUGAGUCCGAGGAGUUGUGCGCCGCGGCGGAGCGCGCCGCCGAGCUCGGUUUCAGUCUGGGCAACCAGUCCACUCUCCUUGCCGCCACAGAUGCGACGAUGUACGUGCGAUUCGCUCGGACAAAGAACGAGUUGGAAUCGCUUAAGUUUGUUCUCGAGCGUUCGGCGUCGGAGUCGGCGGCGACGCAGAGCGCCAUGCUCUGGAGCGCGUGCGACUAUUUGUCGACGUUCGCUGGCACGGAUUCUCUCAAGGGGGCGUCGAAAGAUAUCUUGGUUCCGCUUCGAGAUAAACUCGCGAGUGGAGAUAGUGAAAUCGCGAGCGCGGCGUACUCCAUUGUCUACGUCCUCGCUUCCCAUGACACGGCCAUGAGCGAGAUUCGCGAAGCGGUGGAGGAGGCGAUGAAACGCGCCGGCGACCAAAUCCCAGUCGGCGUAGACGUGCAUGUGCACCCCGAUCAUGCCCCAGUCGACGGCGCGCGUCGAGCAGAGAAGGAGGCAAAACGCGCGAGAAAACGCGAGCGCGAGCGCAUGAAGCAAGCGGCGCGCGAGGCGAACGAGGCUGCCGCCGCCGAGCAGAGACGCAUCGACGCCGAGGCGGCUUUCGUCGAGCAACAAGCCGAACACGUGAGCGACGACAAGACCACCGGGACGGCAACGAUCAUCGCCUCGGAGGGCGCCCAGAACGGUCCGGAUGGAACGCCGACGGGCGGUCUGAAGCGUGCGAGAGAGAACAACCCGAGCGUGAAAUCCUUCGUCGAGACAGACGCGGGCGCCACCGCCGCGCUCGCAGACGCUCCACCGCCGCCGGCGAAAAAACUCAAACUCAGCUUUAAAAUGAAAAAACCCGGUGCAUAG